AGUGUGACUAUUAAACUAUGCAAUCAAAGCAAAAUUAUUGGAUUUGAUAUUGAUACAACUGGAUUUACUGAUAGUAGUGCAUCUUAUAUUAAUAUUGAAGGAUACCAAGAUUCUGAUGCGAUUUGGCAAUCAUUACUACCCGAAGUCCCUAUUAAUGCUGAUUCACAUAAUUUUUUUGAAUUUAAUAGUAAUAAAUUGUAUUCAAAAAUCCGAUUAAACAUUGCGCCUGGCGGUGGUAUUGGUCGUUUGCGUGUCUAUGGUGAUAUUACCCCAGAUUUCACUGAUAAGUCUAGAGAAUACAAUAUGUCGGCUGCUAAUUUAGGUGCACGUAUUGUUCGUUGGACAGAUCAAGGUUAUGCCAAUAAAUCCAACAUUUUACUAAACCAUGGAACCAAAAUAAAUGAUUUUGUCGUCAUUCAACUCGCAACAUCGUGUAAACCUAACUCAAUUAUAAUUGAUACCACAGGGUUUGAAAAUAAUGCACCUAAAAAUGUAUUUAUCCAAGGCUGUUACAGUGAAGAUACUGAUCCACAUUAUGACCCUUUUGCUAAUUGGGUUUCUUUAAUAGUACCAGAUAAUAACAAAUUAUUGGCUGGUGGUUUAAGUACCUUUGAUAUUCAUGAUGAUAUCGUUAUUUCACAUAUUCGUCUUUAUUUAAUUCCUGAUGGUGGUGUUCAGCAAAUCAAAGUAAUAGGCACGCCUGUCACAAAAGAAAAGUUAAAAGAUGGACCUCUAUUGAUUGAGCAAGGUCCACAAGUAAAAUCGAUUAGAAAUAAUGAGGAAGAGGAAGGUAUAAUUAUUGAAGAAUUAGAGGAAGGUGAAUUAGUGCAAGACGAGAUAACUACUGUAGAAGAAGUAGUAGUGACAAAAGAAAAUAAUAAUAAUAACAUGUCAGCUUCAAAACAUGCGAAAUUAGCUGUAGAGGAACAACAAUCUAAAAAAGAUUUUGUUGAAGUAAAGAUUGAACCAGGAAUAACAACACCCAUCACUGUAAAUAACAGGAAAAGAAUGUCAUCUUACGAAGAGGAAGCACGUCUUAAAAGACAAUGUAUGAAAUCAAGAAGAAAUUUUCCAUCUGGUGAAUGGUUUCAAUAA